CACGAGAGUUGGAAGGGACAGCUUAGAGGCGGUAGCAUCACGGUACUCCACCAAGCAUUAAAAUAAAACCACUUGAACCUAUGAUCGACAGUGUUGACCUGUGCUCGUUAUUGUGGUGAGACUAUAGGUCAAACAGCCUCUGCCUAACCUGCUACAUUUUUGGCAAUAUUCCAUACUACCAUUUUCAACUGCAGCAGGUGUCGCAACAUACCAAUUAUAUUCCAGUCAACUAACAGCCUACGACAUGUCAUCUAAUUCAGUGGAUCUGAAUGCAGAAACUGUAGAAUCUCCAGAUGAAGCUCGCACAGUUCCACUAGAAGAUGAAACUGUAGCAACUCCACAUCACUUAACGCUGUAUUAUGUGUCAGAAAAAACACCAGAGCAGUUGUCUAACAAAUUUCCUCAAGAAAAAUUAUGUAAACACCCAGGAGAAACUAUUCUUAUAGAAAGAAGCGAGGUUGCUGACAUCCUUCUGAAUGCAAAAGAAAUGCCAAGGUCUUUUGUGGAACUCUGGUGUCACUUUGAAAGAGAAUGUGGACCAAAGUGGUAUAUCAAGAAUAAACAUGGAACCAAAACAGUGGAAAUUUGUGAUGAUAGAAGCUCAGUUUCAUUGAAUCAAUACCAAGAAGUAGAAGUCAGAAAAGGUUCCAGGAUAAAACUUGACAGACAACUCACUUUCACAGUUUUUACUCUAGAUGGUGAUGCUCUGAAUGGAGAUUUUGAGGUGGAGGUAUUGCCCGACAAAGGGGCACAAAGGAAGCUAACAAAUCAUGCACACAGGCAGAUUUCUUGCUCUAGUACCGACAGUAGUGGGUCCUCAAGUUCAGGUGUGCCACCCUAUAUAGGUGUACCCGUACAACCAAGGCCGAGGCCUGAUGUGAUACAUCAACCCCCCUACCAUCAAAUUCCUCAUCCCUAUAGCCCCUGUAUACCUUGCAUUUAUAGUCAUCCUUAUGGGCAAACACAUAUACUACCCAUUGCUUUUCCUUUUGCAAGAUCAGGCGCCAACUUUUCUUGUAGUAUUGAUGCAGGUGCUGAAGCUGCAAACAUUCAAGGGCAAAUACUUGUGCCAUAUGCUCUAUCUACACAAGCAGCCAGCAACCCAAAUCAUUUCCAACCAUCUUUGCCACCUGGGAUCCCAGUGUGCGAUAGCAUUCCCACAGGUCAUCCAGAGAUCAGAGCUGAAGUUGCACAUACUACAGCCACCUUCAAUUGUCCUCAGAAUUUUCAGGAUCACCAGCAUCCCCAUCUGCAACACCAGCGACAGCAGCUUCAGCAGCAGCAGCGGCAGCAGCAGCAAUUCUUUCAGCCUGUUUCUCACGGAGAUACAUUGUUUCCAUCUUAUCAUAUAGAGAAUAUUGCUGUUGGGCCCUUACAUGGGCCAACAUCACUGCCCAUUAAUAAUUCUGUAGGACCUGUGAGAGCUGUGGGAGUGGAAUCAUCAACACAUGCUUCACAGCAGUCACAUAACUUACAAGGAUGUUCAUAUCCAAUACCACCAGAGUCUGCAGGCAUCAGUCCUCACCGACAUCAGCAGGAACAGCAUGUACUGCAACCACAGAGGCAGAAUGUGGUUAACUUACAACCAUCUAUACUCAUGCCUAGUGACUCACAGAGAGGUGUUGCAUAUGAGCAAGUGACCACAACAAAUACGCUGGUCACUUCCUCCCAGCCUGUCCAAGUUGCAUCAUCUACUGUAGACUCUCUGUCAGGAAUUCACUAUGUGUCACCUCGCCAGACUGUUUCUGAAGGUUUACCAGUAGUAGGUCCUGCUGCAAAUCAUUAUCAGCUUUCUACUGAAAACAUGUCAUUUGAUUCUUCUGCAAGACCCACAGGGACUGAAGAGAGUCAGCAACAAGUGCAAGUACAUGUUGGUCAAGGACAAAUCCCUCUUGGUUUUGUUGGACUUAGUCCGCAGCAAAUGCUGCAAGGACAAAUAUCCCAGACCCAGGCAUCUGGAGGGAACCAGUCUUAUCAGGGAGAAACCAACUCUUCCAUGCAAAGAGGACAAAACUCACCAGGGGCAAUACCAGCAUCAAUCAGUUCUAUUUCUCUGCAUCAACGACCAACCGAGGAUGUAAUAUCUUCUAGCUUGUUGACAGCUGCAGCAAAUGGAAAUGCUAUCAACUUGCGAGCAACAGGAGUGCGUGCAGAUGAGACUGAAUUUUCCGAUUUUAGCAGCACAAGUUCAGAAAAUGUCCUUGACCUUCAGGCCAGUAAUGAUCUUAGGAGACGACAACCAGAGGAGGAUGAUGAGAGGCACCCACAAGAGCAUGAUGAUCAGUGAAGAUUCAUUCCAGGGUUCGUUCAUUAACUGCUAACAUUAACAUUAUCCUUUCAGUAAGGCGUGGCUGACAACUAGAGUCCUAAUCUGACCUGUGAUCACUGUGGAUGCAACACUGGUCAGAAUUACACAUUUAAUAGCCUGGACCCAGCAUGUUAAUUAUUUAAACAUUAGCUAACAUAUAGCCCAUCUAUUUAGAAACAACUUGAAGAAGAAUUGGGCAGCUUAUUUGUAGUUUUAUUUUUAAUGCUUAUUCAAUCCAUAAAUUUUGUAUGGUUAAAACGCUGCAGUUGAAUAUUUCUACAGUUAAAGCAAAUGUAAUAUAAAUAGAAUGAUUGCAGAAUUUUUAAAAUCUCCACUCAAUACUUAAUUUUUUUAACAUCAUCAUACAAUAAUUUGAUUAAAUUUUCUGAAGCUUUAACGCAAAUCUAUUUAAUAAAAAUCUCUUUGUCUUGUUUAUAAGGGAUUGCCUAAAUUUUGUUAAGGUAUCAUUUUCAGCAAAUGCAUUUUUUCUGCCAUCAAGUAUUAUCUUUCUCUCUUUUGUGCAUCCACUUUUUAUUCUAUAUGGUUAUGGGCAGAAUGUAUGUGUGUUAGCCGAUGAUCUUGUCAAACUUAAAUGAAGUUAAGCUCCUACUAAAUCAUUAUUGCAUAUAUUUAUAUUUUUUGUACUUAGAUCUGUCAUAAGAACAAACACAUUCAUUUUAAAAAAAAAUAUUUUUUAAUGUUUGGCUCUUCCUGAUAAAUUAAUUUUAUAUUAUAUAUUUACACUAUAUCAUAUAGACUACUCUACUCCUAAGAAAAUGUUUUCUUGCCAUUAUGUAUAAAAUGUUAUAGUUGGUGUAAUCCUGUUACUCGGGAUAAUUUCUCAUGUAAAAAAAAAAUGUGUUGAAAAAGAUAUUGGACUCAUUUGCAGUAUUGUAUGACUUCUCAGCAGUAAAAAUGUAUUCAUAAUCUAAUAUAAAAAAAUGGUGCUAAAAGAACAAUUACAAUCACUCUCAUUGGCAAUGGAUAUUAAUAUCACUAGUCAACCAAUAAAUCACAGACUUGAGAUUUGUGUUAAAGCGAUGUUUAUGCUCUUUCACACCAGUUCUAUCAACACUGCCUCUUAAAAAUAGCAUGCAUUUUACUUUGAAUAUAGUAAAAAUAAUAAUUUUUUCACAUGAUAAUAAUUGACAUUGCAUAAAGAUAAAGGAGUGAUAUAUGCAACCAUUCAGUAGCUUAACUUUUACUGACCUGGAUUAAUCUUAAAGCUUGUGAUGAUUUGCAGUGUUAAACUUAUACGUUGGCUUUUCUGUUAAUAGCAAACAAUGCACAUAUUUCAAAAAUGCAGAAUUAGUAACUACUGACACAUAUACCUACCAUGACUACUAUUUGGAUUGCUUAUAGUGUGGCAACAUUUUUAAGUAACUAUACUACGAGUGCCUAAUAUGUGCUUUCUCUUCAAAUUCAAAACUAUUGUUCCAUCAUUUAAACUGAUUAGUACAAGGCUGUAAAGGGAGGUUAGACAAAGUUCUUUGUUUAACUCUUCCCAUACAGUUCACAGAUGCAAAUGUCUUUAUAGCUACAGCUAAAUUGCAUUACUUUGUCUAUAUAUGAGAGGAUAUGUUUGUUGUUUUCAGAUCUAUUCCAUUUAUCAUUGACUAUGCCAGUUGCUUGCAAAACCCUUUCAUUUCAACCAUUUUCAUUCUUUUGUACUUUACCACUGCUCUUUGGAUUUUUGUGUGAUCAUCAAAUACAGAAUUACGUAAACUUGAAGUAUUAUAUGUUUAAUAUUUAUGUAUGUUUUAUUUAUUUGUUGGCAUAGUUUCAAGUGUACAGUAUAUGAUGUGAUUUUAACAUGAGCUGAUAUAUAUUUGUUCAUUUUCAAAGCUGUUAUAUUCAUCUGGGAUUGUUUUAUUAUUUUGGCACAAGCAAGGUGUGGGUCAUUGGAAUUUUUUUACAGAUAUGCUUCCAUUCACAUAAAUAGUGAUUCAGACUAAAUUUAUAAAACUUUACCUUAAUAGUAGCGUUCAGACAAAAAUUUGUCAACAAAUGAAGAUGGCUUAUUUUCAUCACUUUUUCUUCAUGUUCUUGCCUGCUGUCAUAAGCUAAUCAUCCUUUUGAUUGACAUUAGUUAAUAAAAAAACUAAUGCUGUCUAAAAGGAUAUAGCAUACCUCUCUUUGCAGCAAUUUAUUUAGAUUUAAAUUUCAGGUUAUAUAGAAGAGUGAUGGGCAUUGUUAAUAAGGUAUUUCCAGCAUCUGUUAUGAACUUAUCAUCUUCUUAGCAUUGUCUUUUACUCUUUUUUAAAUAGAUUUUUAAUACACAAUUUUACCUCUGAAGAAUUACUUGAAUUUAAAGAGGUAAUAGUGAUCAAAUGUUUUAGGUGGAGAUCAUGUCUUUGGCACACAUUUUCUCUGCAUGUUUUGCAUACUUACAGAGCUGGAUCCUUCUCCAUGGUGUUCUUGGUUUAAAACACCAUGUUCUAUUUUGUUACACAUCAAAGAGAUCAGUUAAACAAAUCUUUUAUUUCUCACUGCUUGCAGGAUUUUUUAAUAUCAAUCCAGUGAUAUAUAAUUUGUAAUUUAUGCAACAGUUUUAAACAAUGGCACAAAUUCAUUCAUCCCAUUUCUUGUACAGUUUGAUGAACAGUUAAGCUGGUUUGCUGACACUGUUUGAUGCAGGGGUAAUAAGUGGAUAAAUGCAGCAGCAAGCAAGGCUCACUGGGUAGGCUUUCAAGCAGUGGUGAGUGGGUCCUCAGAGGAACAACUAACCCAACACUUUAUAGUUGGAAACAAGUUCUUCCUCUUCCCACCCCUCUGAAGGACAAUCAUGAGCAGAGCAUUGUGCUCAUUCACCACCAAACCAGACAAGCAUGCACCACCUCACAUUUGGGAGAAAGGGUUCAUGACGGUAGAGUAGGUGGCGACCCUGUUCCAUACAGUCAUUGGUUUUUGCAUUCCGUGUAGAUUUUGAGCAGCCUCCUCGGGCACUUGUUCUCAUAUGUCUAUAUUCUCCUUUCUGUAUCAGCAAGUAGAGUCCAUAUCUCUCAUCUGUAUGGCAGGACUUGUGCAGUCGGUAAACCUGAUGGUAUUGUGACACCAUAUCCUGUCCAGUCUGGCUAUUGCUGCUGUCAUUGUUGCAAUUCUACAUAGACAUUUGCUACAGAGCUGUCAUCUUCGGAAAGGGUGACGACCAAGUACUUAAAGAUGUUUACCUCCUAAAGCUGUAUUCUAAUCAUGUAGAUUUUGCUUUGCUGUUGCUGUUAACCAUGACUUUGCUGUUGUCACUGUUAGCCUCCAUACACAUUCAUAUUGUCUGUCAAGAGGCACAAAGAAAGCUUACAAAAUAAAGUUUUAUAAAAUGUAAGCUUUCAACAAUACAAUUAAUUUUAUAAAAAUAAAUUAUAUAUAUGAAUUAUGUCAUAUUUAAUCAGUAAAUAGUUUAUAUUAAUGUGGUAUGUCAUGCAGUGAAAACCCCAUGACUUUACCAGCUUGCUGCUUUUCAAAAUAAUUGAAAGAAUAUAUAAGGACUCAGUUGCUUAUGCUGUAGAAGAUAUUGCUUUGAAAAAACUUAAACAUGUUAUUUUAAGGCCAUUUGUAUUACAAACAUCCAUGGUCAGACAACAUCUUGGUAUUGUUAAUAUUUUUUAUAUGCUAUUCCUGCAUUAAAAGCAAACAGUGUAGUUUGGCAAAUGUGAUUUGCUGCUUGCUUUACAGCCAAAUUGCAACUUCAUAUUUAUUCGAAGCUUUUAUCACCUUUAUUUUAAGUCUCUACAACAGUGAUUUUGGUUACCAGAAUUAUCUUUUGGUUGCCAAUAGGAAAUAUAUAAGACAGUAGGGAUGAACAAAUAUGAUAAUGCUUCAUGGAUUUUAACCCAUUAUUUACCAAGUCUACAGUCAUGAGACACAAUGAAAUUAACACCAGAUCAAGUAUAAUACAGGGCCCAUGUUCACGAUAGUCUCUGUUGUCUAAUGCCUCUUUUAGCACUGCCUAGCAUUAAGAAUCAGAAGUAACCAUUGGCCACUUCAUUAAAUUUUGGGAUAUUGCUGAAAUAUUGGUCUCUUUUGAGCCUGUUGUUUUGUGUAUCAUAAGUACAAAUACAAACAUUUUGAGCAUGUGGUUUUGUGUAUUCUUAACACAUGUACAAAUAAAUCUGUGCAAAGA